UUUAACAUACAGUUGCUGCAAAGGAAGCUACCUACUCGUAUAAUGGCAAAUAAGCUCAGGUUGGAGGGCAAAGUGGCUAUAAUUACAGGUGCUGCAAGUGGCAUUGGAGAAGCAAGUGCUAGAUUGUUCGCCGAACAUGGUGCUCGUAUUGUCGUAGCCGAUAUUCAAGAUGAACUUGGUCUGAAAGUAGUUGAAUCUAUCGGAGCUGACAAAGCCAGCUACCGACACUGCGACGUUACAGACGAGAAGCAAGUUGAGGAUACCGUAGCUUACACGGUAGAGAAAUACGGUACUCUUGACAUCAUGUUUAGUAAUGUUGGGACGCUGAAUUUUUGCAGCGUCCUGGACAUGGACGUGAUGGUCUUCGAUAAGACGAUGGCCAUCAACGCACGAGGAUCCGCGUUAGCGGUCAAGCACGCGGCUAGAUUUAUGGUUGAUAAGAAAAUUCGGGGAUCCAUUAUAUGCAACGCGAGUUUAGAUGGUAUUGUAGCUGGGGCCACUUCGCUUGCCUACAUUGCGUCAAAGCACGCAGUUGUAGGCAUUGUGAAAGCGGCCGCACGUGACCUAGGUCCAUACGGGAUAAGGGUGAAUGGGGUGUCGCCAUAUGGAAUAGCGACGCCCCUGGUGUGCAAAGCGUAUGGGUUGGAUGCGGGUCCAUUGGAAGCAGCAAUAUAUGGAAAUGGAAACUUGAAAGGUGUUAGGUUGAGCACGAUGCAUGUAGCACAAUCAGCACUUUUCUUGGCGUCUGAUGAAUCUGCUUACACAAGUGGUCAAAAUUUAGCUGUUGAUGGUGGACUUAGUUCUAUUUUGAAGGUACAAUAGAUUGUCACUCUAUUGUGCUGGUGUGCUGUGAUGUGUGCAUUAGUUCUAUUUUGAAGCUACAAUAAUUCCUUUGUCAUGUAGUACUGUUUAUCUUGUUUCAUUUCGAAUUUUCAACUUAAAUAAUAUUCUCUCACAGCACUUUUCGAAUUUA